AGCAAGAGAUUGAAGAAGGGUGGGCUGAAGACUGUAUGUGAGAGAGAACGAGGGAGGGGGAGGUAACGAAGAACCGAGACACACUGAGCCAGUGUAGCAGGAAUCGGCACAGAGAUGCCGAGGGUCUUUCCAUGAAAGCAUAAACGCGCUCACGCACGCAUGGGUGAUGAAAGGCUUUUCAGAUGAGCCCAUAUUUUGAGUGACCUGAGAGAAGAGGAGAACAAUUUUCUUGCAUCUCUGUCUGUUUCAUGAGCAGCCAUGCCUGUUCUCUCACCUACCACAGGUUUACAUGAGAUGCUAGCCCUCCUCACUUCCCAGCUUCAUCCAGAUGCUAAUCAUAAAGAGGACAUGGUUUUCCUCAGGGAGGUCUUCAGUGAGAGGAGCCUCAGCUAUCUUAUGAAAAUCCAUGAGCGACUCAGGCAGUUCCAGCUCCAGAGCCCGACCCCAGUGCUCCACAGCGCAUCCUGCCUUGCCGAAGAUGUCACAGAGGAGCUACAGAACGGACCACUGGAAGAAGAUGAGAGAGAACUAUUAACACUUCUUACUGCUCCACAUGUGAAGGCAGUUCUAACAGUACAUGACAUAGUGGCGCAGAAGAACUUUGAGCCUGUGCUUCCCCCUUUGCCGGAUGAUCUAGAUGAUGAGCUAGAGGAGGAAUCAGUGAAGAUUGUGCGUUUGGUGAAGAACAAGGAGCCUCUUGGUGCAACCAUCCGCAGAGAUGAAGUAACUGGGGCGGUAGUGGUUGCUAGGAUAAUGAGGGGCGGGGCAGCAGACCGCAGUGGUCUGGUACAUGUUGGAGAUGAGUUGAGGGAGGUCAAUGGAAAUCUAAUUAUACACAAACGUCCUGAGGAGAUCAGUCAGAUUCUGUCUCAGUCUCAGGGCUCGAUCACUUUGAAGAUAAUCCCUGCCAUUAAGGAGGAGGAUAGAUUCAAGGAGAGUAAGGUCUAUUUAAGAGCCCUGUUUGAUUACACACCAUUUGAAGACAAGGCUACACCCUGUCAGGAGGCAGGACUGCCUUUCACACGUGGGGACAUCCUGCAGGUAGUGAGCCAAGAUGACCCAACAUGGUGGCAGGCCAAAAGAGUGGGAGAUAGCAACCUGCGUGCUGGACUCAUUCCUUCAAGACAGUUCCAGGAGAGACGACUAUUGUAUAGGAUGAAAAUGGGGACGAACCAGAGCCCUAAGUCACCUAGAGCAUCACCAUGGGACCAAACUUGUGAAAAAGAGGACUGUGACAGUGAGGGCAGUGUCAGUGGACAGCACAUAGUUGUAGUUUCUCCAAAGUGUAAGGCGGUGGCACCGUCCUGUGGUCAGGCCUUUUCCUGGGAGUUUUACUCAGCUGGUCUAAGGAGAAGCUUCAGACUAAGCCGAAAGGAUCAUCAGGGUUCGACCAAAGAGUCUCGUCCAGCAGAGUCCACAGAGAGUGAGUUUUUCAUAUAUGAAGAGGUGACACUAUAUCAGAUGAGACCACAAGACAAACCAAGACUUGUGGUGCUGAUAGGAUCUCUUGGUGCUCGAAUCAAUGAGCUGAAGCAGAAGGUGAUUGCUGAGAAUCCUCAUCGGUACGGUGUUGCUGUGCCACACACAACAAGACCCAGGAAGAGCCAUGAGAAGGAAGGUGUAGAAUACCACUUCAUCUCCAAGCAAGCCUUUGAGGCUGACAUCCAAUCGAAUAAGUUUAUUGAACAUGGUGAAUAUAAGAAUAACCAAUAUGGGACAAGUCUAGAGUCAAUCCGGAGUGUCCUGGUGAGAAGUAAAGUGUGCCUAGUAGAUGUUCAACCUGAGGCUCUGAAAAUUCUCCGUACAGCAGAGUUUAAGCCCUAUGUGAUUUUUAUAAGGCCACGCAUCCCUGAGAUUUGUCGGCAACGUAGCUCUCCCACAUCACCAGGAAGGGGUGAUAAUGGACACAUCACAGAUGAAGACCUGCAGGACAUGAGACAGUCUGCCGAGCAGAUGGACCAGCAAUAUGGCCACCUAGUGGACAGGGUACUGGUAAAGGAGGACUCUGCCAGUGCCUGUGUAGAGCUGAGGAAUAUUCUGGAACGACUCGAGAGAGAGCCGCAGUGGGUGCCUGUCAGCUGGGUCCGCUCUUGAUCCUCCCUCCUUCCUUAAAUUCAAAUGCUCACAUAUGGUGUAAUGAAAACAUGUAUUGAACCUCUCUGCCUCUUUCUGAGUCUGCUGCCAGUUUCCGUUUCAUCCUGUUCGACUGAAGAAAUACAAAAGCAAAAUACAAAUGUCAGCUGACUUGUUGAAACUGGGUCUGUUGUACUGCGCUAGUAUAAGACUUUGCAUGAAAGUAGCAUUGACAAGAAGAAAUGUAUCAUUAAUAGCUGAAAGAAUUAGUUUUCUGUGGAAAAAAAAUGGUUGUCCUUAGUUCUGUCAAGUGAGCUGCACAAAAAAAAAAA